AUGAAAGAAACAAUCUCUGAGAAACUUGAGAAAUAUUUCUUUAACCUUCAAUAUGAAGAUUAUUAUGAUAAGGCUGACCAAAAACUUAUUCAGCUUUUAUCUUUAGAAACUGAAGAAUGCGAAGAAUUGUAUCAAAAAGAACCCAAACUUUUUGAUCAAUAUUUUAGAAUGACUAAAAUAGAUGAACCUGAUACUGAAUCAGAACAAGAAGAUAACUUUAAGACUAAUACAAAAACUGUAAAGUUCGAAUAUUCAGAUAUGGAAGAUGAUGAAGCAGAAUCUUCUUAUACAGCCGCUAGAAGAAGCAAUAAAAAGAAAUAUGAGUUCAAAAUGCCUGUCCACAAUGGUAUUCCAAAUAGUGGUCAAGGAUCCAAUACGAUCAAUGUACUCAAUAUUGAUUGUAUCCAAGAUCUAAAACUCAGAGAAAGAGUUGUAGAAAAAUGGGUUACUGAGAUUUCACUAAUCUUACAGACAAACCCAGAUGAAUUUGAAAAAGCAAAAAAUGUUCUACUACUUUUAGAACACAAAACUGAUGGAAUUGUGCAAAAAUUCCUAAGAAACAAUAAUUGGAAUGAAGAAAUGCAUGGUUCAGAUCUUUUUGAUAAUAUCAUAAAUGUCAUAUACACUACUUUCUUAGGUCUUGAUUAUAUUUUUUAA